GCAUUAUUUGAGCAGCAAAAUGUUUCCAAAGCUGUCAAAGUUUUUGUUAGUGUCACGUGACGCAGUUCGUUUCCUCGAUCACAUUGUCCGCCAAAUUUGAAAGCCUUGAGGCUGGAGGCUAACAAUGAUUCUAGAAAUUAGUAGUCCAAUUUACAGCUGAAAUCUUGUAGACCUGAACGAGAAACAUGGGCCAGAGUCGUUUCGGGAUCUUUGAUGUCACUGUCGCCUUUGUUUCAUUUUUUACUUUGAUUUUAGACGUGGGAACAGAUAUUUUGGUCACCAUUCACUUUUUCCUCAAUGGAGAGUAUUUAUGGGGAGGCCUGAUAGCAUCUUUCAUCAUCUUACCUUUGCUGCUCAUGAACAUCAUUAGUUUAAAGUGGCACAUCAGUGAUGGCCUUCGAACCUGCCGUACCAUACUGCCUCAUGUAUUUCUUAUUGCUCCUGCACAAAGGUAUCUGCUGGUUAUUCAUCUGGGAGUGAAAUCAUGGCGCACUAGCCAUCCACGCUUUGCAGAUGCAGCUUUAAGGGAAAUGAAUGAUAUCUGCAUCCUGCGGUUGGUGAAUGCCUUCAUGGAGUCUGCACCUCAGCUGGUGCUUCAGCUGUACCUCAUGCUUCUUACCCCUUCAAAUGUACAGUGGAUGCAUUAUCUGUCAGCAGCCAGCUCCCUUCUUUCUCUAGCCUGGUCACUGACUGCAUACUGCGAUUCUCUGCGCCUGGCAUACAAAACACCUUCAUCACGUCGCUUUUUUGCCCUUGUUUUGCACUGUGCAUGGCAUCUUUUAAUGGGAGCUGCCAGGGUUGUUGCCCUUGUAGCCUUCAUGCUUGUUUUUCACAUGUGGAUCUUCUUAUACACAGGCUUGCAUUGGUUGGCGAUGACAAUCUGGAUUUCAGUCAAGGGAACCGAUUUUGGUACCAACUGUGCCGAGCGAUGGUUGUUUCGAAUAGUCUUAGGCUUCAUCUACAUUUUUGUUUUUCUAAACCUUCAUGAUGGACCAGCACGCUCCAGAAUGGUGCCAUACUUCUGUCUGAUGCUUCUAGAGAAUGCUGCUUUGUAUGCUAUCUGGAUUGUUCAUUCUCAACAUGACUCUAUAGGUCUUACCACUGCAAUUCCCAUUGUCAUUUUUGGUGGAUUCUUUCUCGGUGGGCUUUGCCUCACAAUUUACUACAGAUGGCUACAUCCCAGCGGCCCCAAUUACUUGUUCAGUGUUAAAGCCACAAUCCCUUCCGCCCAGCAUCCCAACUCUCGCAUUGUAUGGACUGGACAGCAUUCUGCCGGAUGUGACAUCUCCCCAGACUAUGUCAGUCAUGGAUGGUAAGACCUUAGAACUGAGCACAGAUUGCCAGACUCCUGCUGAAAAAUCAUCUGGCAAGACUCCAGAGAGAACAGCUUGCAAGGAUGGCAGUUUACUUCUUACUCAUCUGCUGAAUUCUUCCGACAGAGGGGCUCUGGAGUCUGCCUGGCA